AUGGACAAUAGGCUCAUGAACAUCUUAAGUGAAGUUCAUAAGCGUACGGGCCAGGGAGGUGGGGUGUUGGGGGUGCUGUAGCACAGAGUAACUCUAUCAAAUUUUUUGUGUGCAGCAAGAGAAAUUUGGGCAAAGUCAGGUUUUAAAGAAGUUUCCAAAUCUUUUUAUUAUUUCGAAGAGAUAGAUAUUUUCCAUUUUAAAUCCAGGUAAAUUCACGCGAGACAGUGGUUGCCUAGCACGUGAUGAGUUUCUGUUUAUUAGUGAAGGGUAUCAUGUUGAUUUACAUAUUUGUAGUUUUUUAUUGUUGGGCACUGUGCUGCACUGCACUAGCUGUUGUGGGGUGUUUCCAGUCUUGAAUUGAUUAGAAUCAACUUUGGCAUAACUUUCUAGAAUCAUCUCCGCUCGACAUAACCAUUCAGAACCAAUGCUAGUGUCGGAGUGACCAAAGUUUCAACAGCGUAUGGCAGAUAGCAUCAGCAAUGGGUCUGAAAAUGAAGAAGUGGCUGACCAAAUUAUGCUCAGUUUGAAUUACGAGAAGCUAGGACACUUAGGCAAACGCCAUCGCUCUGCCUUCAAGCCCUUGUAGGUGAACACGCGCAAAGACAAAUGCAGCUAACACCAGAAUCGCACCACCGUAUAGCCUGCAUCACAGACGUCAUUAACCUCCGUUAGUAAGGUCUGAGAAGGGCGGAUAUCCUUGUUCUGGCCCCCAACGGAGUGGACGAAUUUCCGUAAGUGCGUUUCAAAUUUCCUUUCAUCCUGAUUGGCAAAUCGACAGUGGCUUUUUUAAAAGGCCAAUCAUGGCACAUACUCAAAUCCUGGUACACAAGGGCAGGCCCAGAACAAGGAUUUCGGCUCUGUUUCGUAGACGAACGGAACCAGAGUUUAGUUUUGCCUGUGGCGCAGGCUUACCACCGUACUAUGCAUGACUAUGCGUCCAUCGACGAGGUGCUGUCCGAGCUUGAGCUCAGGUUUAGCGGAAAUUACCAGGAAAUACUCUGUGCGUUGGGAAACUUCUGUCACAAUGAAACACCUGAUAAAGAAAGCUUGAGUUCUCCUGCAUUGCUAAAUUGUACCAAAUUGACGGCAAGAUUUUCGAAGCCGAGCAGACAAUGUACACGAGGUUUCGUCUUGUGCGCGGAUUAAGCUACAUGACUGUUCCAGAAAUGCUGGAGGCAGUGCACGAGAAUGAUCUAUUUUUCUAGUGUUUUCUAAUGUGGUAGUUAUAUCCUUAGAGUGAUACCUGCUACCUUAGGUUCUGCAGAACGAUAAUUCAGUGCGUUGCGCAGAUUGAAAACGUAUCUCCGCAGCACCAUAGGCAACAAUGUCUCAGUAACAUCGCAUUUAUUAAUAUUGAAGGGGCAUAUGCCAACUCUUUUGUCAACAAUGAUACAAAUGUAUGGAUCGUAUCAUUGAUAUCUUCGGCCAUCAAAAUGGCAAAGACAGCUAUUUCUUUUAACGUGUUUUAUGAGCUCAUAUGAUAGAUUCAUAUGUAAGAAUACUUUUUCUUCAUAUGUAGGCCUAUGUUGUUGCAUUGACUGUUUCGUAAAAAUUUGAGCAACGUGCGAGAAUUUUGGGGGCAAAUAGUUUACCCCCCCCUCCUGGCAAAAAAUUGCCCGUACGCCUAUGAUGAAGUUUUAUGAAAUGGGGAUCAGUAAGCCCCAGGUCAUGUUGGUAGAAACCACACAAAUACAGCACAAUGCAAAUCCCAGUGCCACUUUUCCUAUCUAUUUGCCUGUCAACUGUACAGAUUAGUGACAGCCAUAAAAGUACAUUAUAUCUUUUUUUAUGUACAGUAGUUGCAUUUUCUACACGCGACCAGUUGCAAUGUAAUUAAAUCAGAGAAACAUGAUUAAAGCAGGUUUGGUCAUCCAUAGAUAUUUCAAAAUCUUACAACUGAUCAUGAGGACACAUCCUGUGAGCAGACCAUGUCCUCGAUUUGUCUUCUUGAGUGAGGAGAAGAAAAGGAGGCUUAGCCUGAAUCAUGUCAAGCCCUCUGAAGCCUGAUUUUCAGGACGAGUCAAUCUUGUUCUCUAUUGUCAAACUGGGUUUCUGAAAGUGAGCCUCUAUAACUGAGCCCACUGUAUUAAGGACACGGCUAUUAAAAUGGCUUCAAAAUGGUAUCCCAGCAACAAGCAGCACUUGCUCAGCUGUUACAUGUACUUGAUUCAUGCACAGUCUUUUUUGAGUACCCCAAAAUCAAGCAAAUGAAUGAAAGGCUCUGUUUGCAGGGUGCUGAUCAUGAGAACAGUGAGAUGUCUCUCAACAUUAACAAAAUUAUGGAACGGGAGCAUAUCAAGCAAGUCCAAAUGUGAAAUCCAGUGCACCACCAACUUUGCCUUAAUCACACAUGUAUACGAGCAUUUUAAAAAUAACUAUACUGAAAGAAACCCUUAAAUCAGUGGUUAUGAGGAAUGUCCCCCUUCUUGCAACGUGUUGAUUCUUUUCCAUACUACAUGUAAUUAUAGUAUGUAUUUGAAAAACAAAAAUGUUACAAAUUAAAAUCUUUAUCACCCAAACCUGCUUUUAGCAUGAGUACAUGUCAUACAUGGCAAAAAAGACGCAGAAAAGACAGACAACAAUAAUAUCUCUUAGUGACAGUAAUCAGCAAGAACUGGAGAACAUCAAAAAACAAAGAGAACAGAUGUUAAAGGAAUAUCAAGACAAGAAACAAGGUAAAGGCUUAUUUUACAUAAGCUCAAAAAAAUAUAUAAGUAAUAAUAUCAAACUCCACAAACUGGCCGAUCAGUGAGAUUACGCAAUUACCACUGCGACGAUCAUAUCUUCAUAUAAAUAAACCAAUCAUUGUUAAACAGACUGUGGUGAAGCCUCACUCGAUUUGGUCAAACCGUCAUUAUCUCAAAAUUUUGCAUUGUCAUGUUGAGACCAUCUCAACAAAGAAAUAAAUGGUCAAUGAGUUACUAGCCUGCACCGCAGACGAAACUAACCUCUGAUCUGGUUAAGUGCAUCUUCAAAACAGCGCCGACAUGCUUGUUGUGGGUCCCCCAGCUGUGAACCAAGAUUUGAGUAUGCACCAGGAUUGGCCUGUUAAAAAAGCCAUUGUCGAUUUGCCAAUCAGGUUGAAAAGAAAUUCCAAAAGCACUCAGAACAAGGGUCUCGGCGCUGCUUCGCUAGCCUGAGUAUCAGGCCUUCCUAAGGGGCUAGGGGAGAGGAGAUUUUAGAUGGGGCGGGGGGGGGAGAAAGCUCUCUCCCUUUUUCGCUUCCAUCUUUCCCCUUUUCCCCCCAGAAACGCCUGAUAUUCAGGCUACUGCUUCGCAGAAGUUGCAAACGGGGGUUAAAUUAAGUCAACAACGCAGGCUAAUGAGUUACAUGUAUGUGACCAAUGAACUUAAUGUUGACAAGAAUUUAACAAACCCUAAAAGGUUGAACUUACGCUUACCCAUAACAUGGUAAUGGGUCUUAACAUGGUAAUAUCGUUCAAACCACUUGACUACUGGCUUUAUGUUUAAGCAUCUUGUUAGAUGUGGGAGAGCCGCACAAUAUUUGGGUGGAUCCAGUGAUUUUGUUACAAAUAGUUAUGGUGAGUCCUGGGACUCAUUUUGUGAAAAAUCAUGGGUCCAAAUCCAUAACCAAUGAGUCCCAGUUCAAAAAAACAAGGAGUCGUGUUUGGGUCUUUAUAGCUGUUUGUGUAACCGGACAGUUCAUCUGGAGGCAGUUCUCUGAAAUUAAAAUAUAGUCCUUCUAUACGUUUAAAGUACAAAAAACGUUUAAAGUACAAAAAAGACCAAUAAAAUAAAUAUGCAUCUUUAAAUAACAGCCACAGCAAUCACACGAACAGGAUAUUCUACUAAAAAAUCUUCAAAUCGAUCGAUCCUUCUUUGUGUCCUACGGGACACAUGCAAUGAAUUAUUUUGCGUCUUUCAAGGGGAUUUUUAUGCAUCAGGGACCCAGGACGCAGAGGUAACAAAAUCAUAGUGGAUCACUGAGCCAAGGCUAAAAACACCCGCAGUUAAAUCAACCAAGAAGCACUAAGUUCUUUGUGUGCCUUUCGUCUUAUCCAACCUUUGUAGGUUUUGCUUGUUUUAUACGUCUUUGACUGAUCCAGAGAAUCCUAUUCUUUAGCCUUAAAGCAAUUGCUGCUUGAAAAGGAGGCUGACCUUGCUCUGACAAACAGUGAACUCGCAGAAUUGGAAGAGUAUCAGGUAGGCAAAAUACACAUUAACUUUGUCUGAUGCUUUAUAACUUGGGAUAUCUUAUGUAAAAUAACUAAGACUGAGUUCCAUGUAAGUACAGUUAGGGCUGUCAAUAAGAGCCGGUAGCCGGCCAAAACCGUCGGCUAGUUAGCCAUCUUUCGCCGGCUUAUACUUUCUAUAGUACCAUAACUGCUUACAAAAAAUAUGCAGCAUCGAAUAAAAUUGUAAAGCAUCCGUUCCUAGUUUUGAAUGACAUUGAACGCAUAUUUAAACAGGUUUAGAUUUCUGAAACGUUCGAACCGUACGAUGUCGUGAAACGCCUGGGACAUUUCGACGGCACAGUUUUCAGUCUUGCUUGUAUUGUGACGAAAUAACAUGGCGUCCGCGGUGGAAAAUAACUCUUGAAAACCCCUGGAAAUGGCAUUUCCGAGACUUUAAAUUUGAAAAUGUCCCUUGAUGAUUCGGCCCUCAAGAACUUGUGCCUUUGGUGCGAGUUCCAAAGCCGCCUACUUUUCAUUAUCAGUCUGCUACUUAAAACCUUUUCGACAGCCCUGAGUAAAGAACAGACCAUUCAGGUCCAUUUCCUCGUUGCCCCAAGUCUCUGUCUCAAAGCGAGGCUAAGCGCAAAGCCAUUGAUUUGAAAAUGAUUUUUCCUUCUCGUAUGAAGAAACCUCAAAAGAAGAAAGGUUACGCACUUAGCCUUGUUUUGAAAGUGAGAGUUUUUUGGAACUUGGAAAUGGCCUACAUAUUGGCCUACACUGACUGUAUUCUCAACACACCCCUCUUCCAUCUGAAAGUUAAACGAAUUAGCUUCUCAGUUUUGAUCAUCAAUGUAUUCAACCCUCGCAGACAAGCUUUAUCUCUUAUCUCUGAGUCAGUUUUGUGCCUUUGUACAUGUUGUGUGACUGCUCAUUUCACAAUAAACUUUUUGAUACAUGUUUGCUUGUCAGACUCUCCAGCGUGACCAGAAGGCAGAGAUUGCACGGCUAGAGCAAGAGGUUCACACAAUGCGAGGAAAGCAUUCUGAGGCAAUCCAGAAACUGAAGUCUCAGUUCCUAAGAGAGAAAAGAACUUAUCAAAAGGAAUCUGAUGAAAAGAUACAGGAAAUGGCUCAACAGGCCUCACAGGCGAGUACUGGUGCAAACUCUUAAACCGCUGUACGCUUGUAGUACAACGGGUUGAAACAUAAAACUGCCCCUGAAAUAAAGAUAGGAAAUAUACAAAUGAAGGAAACGUUUUUCUUUUUAGCCGUAAGGUUUGAGUGACCUUUAUCUCAGUGGUUUGGUCGUUCAACCAGUUUUGUGGUAAGUGGCGGGUUCGGAUCUUGAUGGGGAUACUGAUUAUUCCUACCUGCCACACAGGCGUUAGGCACAAUAGAUGCAGAGCGGAAGGGAAUGAAUAGCGGGAGAGAAGAAGAGGGAGAGGAGCGAACGGUGUGCGGUGUUCUUUCGCCCUCUCUCCAUCUAUCUGUUCCCCACUAACUGAACGCCCGGAACCGGCCUUGCUCGUGAAACGCAAUGGAACGUAAGAAGAAAGAACUUACUUACAUGUUUUUAAAAUCAGUUAUAAUGAUAUUGUCCACUCAGACGCCCGUGGGUAUCAGAUCUACUGUUAUGUUCAUGGUGGAUCAGGGUCGGUUUUCUUUUUUUCAAAAUGGUUGAAAUCCAAAACGAUCGUUCACUUGCCUCCCUUUUUCCAUAGGAAGCCAAACAGUGUUUAGAUGAGCAUACGCGUAAGAUAAAAGAAGAAAAUGGAGUGUUGCGUAAAGAACUUUUACAACUAAUCAAACGAACACGAGCACUUCACGAACAUCGCCGAGAAUUAGAGGAACAACAUAAGCGACUUCUUCGUGAACUGCAAUACAGUAGGGAUCUGAAAAAACUCAGGGGAUCCAGGCAGAAUAGACUCCAUAAGAACUUUGGGAUAAACGAAGAAAUGGAGGAAAACAAGCAAACUUGA